GGCGGCGGGCCAUUCAGCAGGCGUCCCCGAGCCGCGACCAUGGAGCCGGCGUCGCUGCAGGACUUCGUCUGCGCUCUGGACCCCGCCUCCCUCCCGCGCGUGCUGCGGGUCUGCUCGGGGGUCUACUUCCAGGGCUCCAUCUACGAGAUCUCUGGGAAUGAGUGCUGCCUCUCCACGGGGGACCUGAUCAAGGUCACCCAGAUUCGCCUCCAGAAGGUGGUCUGCGAGAACCCGAGGACGGGCCAGACCAUGGAGCUCGCCCCCAACUUCCAGGGCUGCUUCAGUCCCCUCACGGGCCCCCAGAGCUAUGGAACCCUGGAGGAGCUGGUCUCUGCUGUAACCCACAGCUCCAAGAAGCUGCCCGUUUGCUUCCUGUCGACCCACAGAAUCACCACCGACACCAGGGUGGUGCCUGAGGACGAGCCCCUCAUGCUUGAGGCUGUGGAAACGCGCUUUGGGACCUGCUGUGCCCGCUGUGUGCUGGGUACAGGAGCCCAUCGGGUCAUUCUGCACCUGCCCCUGUCCCAGCAGGGGCCCUUCUGGGAAUGGAAGCCUGGUGCCCCUCGGACCCUGCUCCAAGCCCUGAAGGACCCAGCCAUGAGGGACCUCCUCCUCACCUGCCCCACCAUCCCCUGGCGUGCUCUGAUCCUGAGGCCCCAGUAUGAGCUCCAAGCCAUCAUGCACCUGCGCAGGACCAUCGUCAAGAUCCCUUCCACCCUGGAGGUCGACGUGGAAGAUAUCACUGCCACCUCUCAGCACGUCCACUUCAUCCAACCGCUGCUGCUGAGCGAGGUCCUGGCCCGAGGAGGACCCUUCCCCCUGCCCACAGAGAUUCUGGAAGUUCCAGAGGGGCCCCCCAUCUUCCUCAGUCCGUGGAUGGGCUCCUUGCAGAAAGGCGAGAGGCUCUGCAUCUAUGGCUUGGCCUCGCCCCCUUGGCGGGUCCUGGUCUCAACCAAGGGCCGGAAGGUGCCCAGACACUUCAUGGUCUCAGGGGCCUACCAGGGCAAGCUGCGGCGGCGGCCAAGAGAGUUCUCCACGGCCUAUGACCUUCUGGGUGCUCUCCAGCCAGGCCGGCCACUCCGGGUGGUGGCCACGAAGGACUAUGAGGGCGAGGGAGUGGAGAACUCCGGGUUCGCUUCCCUGGCUGUGGGUGACAGGCUGGAGGUGUUGAGGUCUGGCCAGGCCCAUGGGGUUCAAGGCAGGGAUGUAGAUGUCUUGGUGUGUCAGCGGCUGAGUGACCAGACCAAGGAGGAAGAGGAGGAAGAGGAGGAAGAGGAGGCGGAGGACCAAGAACAGGUUGUGCUGCCCCUCUACUUCUCCGGCGGCUUCGUGGAGGAGAUGAGCGAUGGCCGGCGCUACAGCCUGGAGGAUUUGACUACCCAGUUCUCACUGCCCUGUGAAGUCAAGGUGGUGGCCAAGGAUACUAGCCACACUGCUGACCCUCUGCCCUCCUUCCCGGGCCUGCGGCUGGAGGAGAAGAUCACGGAACCCUUCUUGGUGGUUGGCCUGGACUCCAAGCCUGGGAUGUGCUUUGAGAUCCCUCCCCGGUGGCUGGACCUGACUAUUGUGGAGGCCGAGGGGCAGCCAGGCCCGCCAGCUGGGUUUCUCCCUGUAGCCACAGUGGAGGAGCUGACGGAGGCCUUCUACUACCACCUUCGGAAGUUACCCGCCUUUGAGAGCCAAACCCCCCCGCCCCGGCCCCCAAAACGUCAGGGCCUCAGCAAGCAGAAGCAGCCGAGCAGCAAGGAGAGAGGCAAUAAGUCUUCUCAAGUCUUAGAAAUGCAGCAACCCCCUCUGCUGCCCAAAGCCAAGAAGAAGACCUUACCAGAGGUUGCCAAAGAUAGGUCAAAUAUGUACAGCAAGAUUCCUGCCCACAAGAAGGGCCUCAGGCCCACCAAGCCCGAUAUACAGGAUCCAGAUGAUGAUGAACACGAUUACGAAGAAAUAGCUGAGCAAUUUCGGAACACCGUCUAG